GUAAUGAGGUUUUGGACCCUGGGACCUUUUUUUUUUUUUUUUUUUUUUAAAAAAAAGGUUUCAGUUGACCCCAAUAACUUUUGUGUCUGUGUGUUUGUGUGUGUGUGUGUGUGUGUGUGUGUGUGUAUGUGUGUGUGUGUGUUUGCGCAUCUAGAAAAUUGGAAAAAAACAAGUAACAGGAGUGAGAUUAUUGACUGUGCCAUGUGCUUUUGCAAGGAUGAAGAUUUUGGAGAUACCUACUCUGAAGAAAAAGACGAAGGCCCAAGAUAUUCAGAGAACACGGUCAGAACCAGAGUGAGAAGUUUGAUCCAUCUGAAACAACAGUGCACCAUGAGGAGGAACUGACUGCUUUAUAUGGGUGUGGCUGUGUUUGUUGACCCUUGGAAAAUAUGAGUCUUCCUUGGGAGUUCACAGUUAGAAAGGAAAAGAGUCAGAGAGGAAAUACACUAUGGACGCAUACACUGCAUGAAAGGAAAAGGCUGCAGAUGCACUCGGAUGGACGGGGGAAGAGAAUUGUAUCAUGUCCUUUAUUCAGAUACAAAAGAGUCUGGCUACUGGCUACACUCCAUUAAAUGGAGAAGGAAAUGGGCCCCACUAGCUGCUGGCAAUACUGACCUUUCAAACUCACAAAAGGGGCUCACAGGGAUGGACUGUAGACUUUAAAGGUUUGGAAACACAGGACAAAGCCAGGAUGAAUGUGAAAAGGAAGGAGAUGGAUUUCUUGAGCAACACUAUUGCUGCUUAUGCUCACAUUAAAGCAAAUCCAGAGAGUUUCGGGCUUUACUUCGUCAUUGGCGUCUGUUUUGGCCUGGUGCUCACUCUCUGCCUCCUGGUCAUCAGGAUUUCCUGCAAACCUCGUACCACUACAGCGCCCUCCACACCAGAGAAAAAACAGUUAAAAGAUUACAGUGAGGAGGAGGAAGACGAGGAGAGCGAUGAAGAUGAGGAGGAGGAAGAUACAGGAGGCCUGGAGUCCUCCGUCCGGCACAGCACUACAGAGAUCCCCAUGAGCAACCACCUCAUCACGCCAGAUGGGACUCUGAGCAGGAACGUGUUCACCUCAGCCGAGGAGCUGGAGCGGGCACAACGAUUGGAGGAAAGGGAAAGGAUCAUAAGGGAAAUCUGGAGAAACGGACAACCGGAUAUCCUGGGAACAGGGACGGGCACUAUUGGAAGAGUGCACUACUACUAAAGGAGCGUGAGACUCCUGGACAUAAACACAAGCCAUUUCACUGGUUGAGUGCAGUACUUUGGAAGACUGUUAAUGAACGCUGUUUCCAUUACUUUUUUUUAUACAUCGGACUGAUGUUAUUGUAAUCCUACAGACAUGGGUACAGUUGUUCUGUAUGCAACAUUUGGACUGGCCAAGUUGCUAUCUGUCCUCAAGUCAUGGUGCUUAUUGAAGAGUCAUUCUGACUUUGACGUUUGAGUUGAUGUUUUAAAAAGUAUUUGUGAAUUGUAGGUGAUAAUUAGAAGCUCACAGAAAGCAAAUGCACUUUUGCACCAUGCCAUUUAUUGUUUGUUUUCUGCUAUAUUUGUAAUUAAAAAAAAAUGUAAUGGGGUCAUGACAACAUGUAAGUCACAUCAAGCAUUACCUCAUAGAUUAUAAAGCCACAUAGCAAUAUAACUAGGGAUGCACAGAUAUUAAAAUCCAACAAUAUUUUCAUGAUUUAUGCUAUUUUGUCUAAAUAAAUUAAAAAUAAAACACUAAAAACUACAAUCAAUAGUUUUAGAUGCUACAAAGUGAAAUAGGCAUCACAACAUAAUGUGCCAUAUGAAAACUGGAUGUUUACUUUGAUAUUUGCUAAAUAUUACAUUGUUAAAGGUAUACUAUGUUCUUUGUUUUUUGUUCAAAAUCAAUACAGCAAUCCUUCUUCUAAAAUGUA